CUCCCCCAUGGUGCAGCGGGGUUCGGGAUGUCGAAGACGCUGAAGAAGAAGAAGCACUGGCUCAGCAAGGUGCAGGAGUGCGCGGUGUCCUGGGCCGGGCCCCCGGGCGACUUGGGCGCCGAGAUCCGGGGCGGCGCAGAGCGCGGCGAGUUCCCUUACCUGGGGCGGCUCCGGGAGGAGCCCGGCGGGGGCACCUGCUGCGUCGUCUCGGGCAAGGCGCCCAGCCCUGGGGAUGUGUUGCUGGAGGUGAACGGGACGCCUGUCAGCGGGCUCACCAACCGGGACACCCUGGCUGUCAUCCGCCACUUCCGAGAGCCCAUCCGUCUCAAGACUGUGAAGCCAGGCAAAGUCAUUAAUAAAGAUUUGCGACAUUACCUGAGUCUUCAGUUUCAGAAAGGAUCAAUUGACCACAAAUUGCAGCAAGUGAUCAGAGAUAAUCUCUACCUGAGAACAAUUCCAUGCACUACAAGGGCCCCCAGGGAUGGGGAAGUACCAGGGGUGGACUAUAAUUUCAUUUCUGUUGAACAGUUCAAAGCACUGGAAGAGAGUGGAGCAUUAUUAGAAAGUGGAACAUAUGAUGGAAACUUCUAUGGAACUCCCAAGCCUCCAGCAGAACCCAGCCCUUUCCAGCCAGAUCCCGUUGAUCAGGUCCUCUUUGAUAAUGAGUUUGACACAGAAUCCCAAAGAAAACGAACUACAUCUGUCAGCAAGAUGGAAAGAAUGGACAGCUCUCUACCUGAAGAGGAAGAAGACGAGGACAAGGACGCUGUCAAUGGCAGUGGAACUGCAGAAAGCAGAGAGAGGCAUUCUGAGUCAUCUGAUUGGAUGAAGACCAUCCCGAGUUAUAACCAAACAAACAGCUCCAUGGACUUCAGAAACUAUAUGAUGAGAGAUGAGAAUCUGGAACCACUGCCCAAAAACUGGGAGAUGGCCUACACCGACACGGGGAUGGUCUACUUCAUUGACCACAAUACCAAGACAACCACCUGGUUGGAUCCUCGUCUUUGUAAGAAAGCCAAAGCCCCUGAAGACUGUGAAGAUGGAGAACUUCCUUAUGGCUGGGAGAAGAUAGAAGACCCACAGUACGGGACAUACUAUGUCGAUCACCUUAACCAGAAAACCCAGUUUGAAAAUCCAGUGGAAGAAGCCAAGAGGAAAAAGCAGUUAGGACAGGCCGAUACUGGAUCUUCAAAACCAGAUAUGGAAAAAUCCCACUUUACUCGAGAUCCGUCCCAGCUGAAAGGCAUCCUUAUCCGAGCAUCGUUGAAGAAAAGCACGAUGGGAUUUGGCUUUACCAUUAUUGGUGGAGACAGGCCAGAUGAGUUCCUACAAGUAAAAAAUGUGCUGAAAGAUGGUCCUGCAGCUCAGGAUGGGAAAAUUGCACCAGGUGAUGUUAUUGUAGACAUCAAUAGCAACUGUGUCCUUGGUCACACCCAUGCCGAUGUUGUCCAGAUGUUUCAGUUGGUACCUGUCAAUCAGUAUGUCAACCUCACUCUGUGCCGUGGUUAUCCACUUCCUGAUGACAAUGAAGAUCCUGUCGUGGACAUUGUUGCUGCUACUCCUGUCAUCAAUGGACAGUCAUUAACCAAGGGAGAGACUUGCAUGAAUACUCAGGAUUUUAAGUCAGGAGCAGUGGUCCUAGACCAGAAUGGAAAACCAGGACCCACCUUGAUCAGUGACCGUCUCAAUGGACCAUCGGAUCUGAGCGAGCAGCGAGCAUCCCUGGCAUCAUCGGGCGGCUCCCAGCCCGAACUAGUGACUGUCCCUCUGAUUAAGGGCCCCAAAGGCUUUGGGUUUGCAAUUGCUGACAGCCCAACAGGACAGAAGGUCAAAAUGAUACUGGAUAGUCAGUGGUGUCAAGGCCUCCAGAAAGGGGAUAUAAUUAAGGAAAUUUACCAUCAAAAUGUGCAGAAUUUAACACAUCUCCAAGUGGUAGAGGUGCUGAAGCAGUUUCCAGUAGGUGCAGAUGUACCGUUGCUCAUCCUAAGAGGAGGUCCUCCUUCACCAACCAAAACUGCCAAAAUGAAAACAGAUAAAAAGGAAAAUUCAGGAAGUUUGGAGGCCGUAAAUGAGCCCCUUCCCCAGCCUAUGCCUUUUCCACCCAGCAUUAUCAGGUCAGGAUCCCCGAAAUUGGAUCCUUCUGAGGUCUACCUGAAAUCUAAGACUUUAUAUGAAGAUAAACCACCAAACACCAAGGACUUGGAUGUUUUUCUUCGGAAACAGGAGUCAGGAUUUGGCUUCCGGGUUCUGGGAGGAGAGGGACCCGACCAGUCUAUCUACAUCGGGGCCAUCAUUCCUCUGGGUGCCGCGGAGAAAGACGGCCGGCUGCGUGCAGCUGACGAGCUGAUGUGCAUUGAUGGGAUUCCCGUGAAAGGGAAGUCUCACAAACAAGUCUUGGACCUCAUGACCACGGCUGCUCGAAAUGGCCACGUGCUGCUAACAGUCAGAAGAAAGGUCUUCUGUGAGAAACAACCUGAGGAGGACAGCUCUCCAGCAUUCCUGUCGACACAGAAUGGCUCACCCCGCCCGAACAGAGCAGAGGUCCCAGCCAGGCCUGCUCCACAGGAGGCCUAUGAUGUAGUCCUGCAACGGAAGGAAAAUGAAGGAUUUGGCUUUGUCAUCCUCACCUCCAAAAACAAACCCCCUCCGGGAGUUAUUCCUCACAAAAUCGGCCGAGUCAUAGAGGGAAGCCCAGCGGAUCGCUGUGGAAAGCUGAAAAUUGGAGAUCACAUCUCUGCAGUGAACGGGCAGUCCAUUGUGGAACUGUCCCACGAUAACAUUGUUCAGCUGAUCAAAGAUGCUGGUGUCACCGUCACACUUACGGUCGUUGCUGAGGAAGAGCAUCAUGGUCCACCAUCAGGAACAAACUCUGCCAGGCAAAGCCCAGCCCUACAGCACAGACCCAUGGGACAGUCACAGGCCAACCACGUGGCUGGGGACAGAAGUGCUCUAGAAGGUGAAAUUGGGAAGGAUGUCUCCACUUCUUACAGACAUUCAUGGUCUGACCACAAGCACCUUGCACAGCCUGACACGGCGAUGAUUUCGGUUGUCGGCACCCGGCCCAAUCAGAGCCUUGGUUGUUACCCAGUGGAGCUGGAGAGAGGCCCCCGGGGCUUCGGGUUCAGCCUCCGUGGGGGGAAGGAGUACAACAUGGGGCUGUUCAUCCUGCGUCUUGCUGAGGAGGGCCCCGCCAUCAAAGACGGCAGGAUUCACGUGGGUGACCAGAUCGUCGAAAUCAAUGGAGAGCCUACGCAAGGCAUCACACAUACUCGAGCAAUUGAGCUCAUUCAGGCCGGUGGAAAUAAAGUUCUUCUGCUUUUGAGGCCAGGAACCGGCUUGAUACCUGACCACAGUGAUUGGGAUGUUAAUACUCCUUCAUCUUCAAAUGUGAUUUAUGACGAGCAGCCAUUUCCCCCAUCUUUCCAUUCUGCUUCCGUAUUUGAGGAGUUUCCCGCACCAGUAAUUGAAGAAUCUUUGAUGAGAGGUCAGAUAUAUGAAAAGACAGAGGAAUUAAAAGAUGGUGUGCCUGAAAAGAAAAGCACUUUAAAUGAAAAUCUGUCUGAUAGAAAGCAGCACUCUUUUCUCCAGAAAAAUGUGAAUAAAAGGGAUCCACCCAGCAGUCAUGGGCAGAGUGACAAGAAAAACCUCUUCAGAGUAGAAAACGGUGUUACACAAAGAGGCAGAUCUGCUAGUCCCAGAAAGCCCGCCGGCCGACACGCAGAAGAACAUUCGGACAGGCUUCCCAGUCCUCUACCAGCUGACCCCAAAAGAAGACCCAGAGAUCGAUCACUCAGCCCCAGGAAAGGAGACAGGAAAGGGGGGCAGAUGGACACCAGGGAAGAUUCUGGACAGGAUCACUGCGGAAGAAGCAGAGGACGGUCUUCCAGCCCAAAAAAGCAGCAAAAGCCUGAAGGAAACAAAGGCCGAGUGAACACCGAAGCCAGAUUAUCAGAGUCUGAGAGUCAGAGAGGAGGGCGCUGUGCGAGGGACGGGGCCGAGCAGAUCUCCGAGGGCAGAGAAGAAUCAGGUGUUGUCCGGAAAGACACAAAGCAGAGCCAGUCUGGAAAAAACAGAACACGGUCUCCAGAGAAAAAAAGCAAGAGAAUGGAGGAAAAGUCUCUCCCAUCCAAAAAGACUAGUACUGCCACUGGUAGAGUAUUAUCUGACCGGGAGAAAGGAAAGAAGGUGACCUUAGGAGAGACAAGUUCCAGCAAAGAGAAGCCAGGAGAAAAUGCCAGAAUAUCAGACAAGAAGCUGAACCAGGAUCCUGAAGAAAGGAUGGUUUUAAACAAAACCCCAGCUCCCCGAGGAAAAGAACAAGAGGCGGCCGACAGAACCAGAGAGAGCAGAGGGUUCCAACCUGAGAGUGCUUCUCCCGUUAAGAAAACACCCAUAACUCCGGGGCCCUGGAAGGUUCCAAGUGCACACAAAGCCGCAGGCACUACAGGUGUGACUGAGAAACGACUGUGACCUUUGGUAUAAAACAAAGUAAAAAAAGUUGUAAUCUAUUCUUACUGAAAAAUAGCAUUUUUCCAAAACAAAACCCCAAAAAGUAAUUUUUGCAGAAAUUCUGAAGCACAUGCAUUUUAACUUGAGCAUCCUGUUAGCAAGGCUGCAUGAAGGGCCUCAGGACCGCUGUGAGCCAGCUGUCCCGGGGCAGCCGCCCUUCCGCGUGCAGCUGACGUGCCUGCUCCUGGGGGGCCCAGCCCACCUCCGUGGGUGUCCCCACCCACACGUGCAGAUAUGCACAGUGCGGUCACAACUCACUUG